UGAUCAAUUUUAGGCCAUAUUUAACCCUCUUACCCCCAAUCAACAAAAGAUGUGGGCAUGGGCCUCUAGCAAAAUGAUCAGAAACAGGCCCGUUUCGAAGAGACCGAUUUAAACUCGCGUUUUGAAAACGCAAAACUCGCCGCGCAGUCGUGUACGCUGUACUGUACAUAAUCUUCGUCUGCAAUAAUGGGAGAGGACAACAUCAUGGACUCAGUAAGAUCGGUAGUUUUCAAAGAAUCCGAAAAUCUUGAAGGCUCUUGCACAAAAAUCGAGGGCUACGACUUCAAUAAAGGCGUUAACUAUGCUGAGCUUUUCAAGUCCAUGGUUUCCACUGGUUUCCAAGCUUCUAAUCUUGGUGACGCCAUUGAAAUUGUUAAUCAAAUGCUAGAUUGGAGGCUUUCACAUGAGCUGCCCAUGGAGGAUUGCAGUGAAGAAGAAAGAGAUGUUGCAUACAGAGAGUCAGUAACCUGCAAAAUCUUUUUGGGGUUCACUUCAAACCUUGUUUCUUCUGGUGUUAGAGACACCGUCCGCUACCUUGUUCAGCACCGUAUGGUUGAUGUUGUGGUUACUACAGCUGGUGGUAUUGAAGAGGAUCUCAUAAAAUGCCUUGCACCAACCUACAAGGGCGACUUCUCUUUACCUGGAGCUGUUCUACGAUCGAAAGGAUUGAACCGUAUUGGUAACUUAUUGGUUCCUAAUGACAACUACUGCAAAUUUGAAAAUUGGAUCAUCCCAAUUUUUGACCAAAUGUAUGAGGAGCAGAUUAAUGAGAAGGUUCUAUGGACACCAUCUACAGUCAUUGCGCGCCUGGGUAAAGAAAUUAAUGAUGAAACCUCAUAUUUGUAUUGGGCAUACAAGGUGGGAAUAUUGGGGGUUGGGUUGGGGAUAUCUUCUGAAAUACCCAGCUCUCUUUCCAAAGGGAGUUAUCAAUUGAAACAAAACCGGAUUCCUGUAUUCUGUCCUGGUUUGACGGAUGGAUCACUAGGUGACAUGCUAUACUUCCAUUCUUUCAAAAAGGGAGAUCCAGAUCUUAAUCCUGGUCUAGUCAUAGACAUUGUUGGAGAUAUUAGGGCCAUGAAUGGUGAAGCUGUCCAUGCUGGUUUGAGGAAGACGGGAAUGAUUAUCCUAGGUGGAGGGCUGCCUAAGCACCAUGUUUGCAAUGCCAAUAUGAUGCGCAAUGGUGCAGAUUUUGCCAUCUUCAUUAACACUGCACAAGAGUUUGAUGGUAGUGACUCGGGUGCCCGUCCUGAUGAAGCUGUAUCAUGGGGAAAGAUACGUGGUGGUGCCAAGACCGUGAAGGUGCAUUGUGAUGCAACAAUUGCAUUUCCCAUAUUAGUAGCUGAGACAUUUGCAGCUAAGAACAAGGAAUUUUCCCAGAUAAGGUGCCAAGUUUGAACAUUGAGGAAGCUGUCCUUCCAACUACAUAUGAAUUGCUAACUUUUGAAGCCAACUUGCUAGUGUGCAGCACCAUUUAUUCUGCAAACGACUAGAGAGGAGGGUAUAUUCAUGUACCCCGAGUUAGACAACAUCCUGUAUGGUUCAAUUAAAUUAUCCCCCUCCCCCCCUUCACACCAUGUUAUUUAGUUCUCUUCCUCUUCUAAAGUGGAGAACUCAGAGAUGUGCAUAUGUUUUGAAUCAUGUUGUAUCAUAUAUUAUGUGUUUGAGAGGUUGGUAAGAACUGACGAGUCCUCUUACCAUAUAGAUGAUCGAUCCUUGUACUAUGAGAUUUAAACAUGUUAUUGAUUACUGACACAGAUUUCUUUUUUAGUC